AUGACGUUACUUUAUGGUCGAGAGUUGUGGUUCAUGAAACUCGCUUUUUCCUUUUUGAUAGUUCCCGCCUCUGCCAUUGAUCUGAACAGAGAUCACGGAUCAUUUCCAUUAUUGAAAAAUCGCCAAUUCCAAAACACCACACUUUCACCAACCUCGACUAGUUUUCCGAACAUUACUUUGAGCAGCACAAUUGAAGACACUACGGUCCCGAUCGUACGCUUCAGUAGCGUUGAUAUUUCCAGCAACACAUCAUACCCAGUCAGUAACCCAGUCUCAAGUGCCAGCUUCACCAGUUUCGAACAACCAGUUAUCACCUCAACUCCUACACAAACCUGGUUGAACAAUUCAAUCACGAACACAGAAGUAACCUACUCUUCUGUUGUAGAAACUUCGCUAUCAAUACCCACCAUUGUCACAGAACUACCACUAUCAACUGACACCCGUAUUCUAACUUCCUUUUCCUCAUCGCUUUCGACCUCUGGUGACCCUUCAGUCCCAGUUGCAACAGGAUUCAUUUGGCCAAAGAUUCCCACAAACACCAUCCUCGAUGGGCCAGCAGAAACGUCAGAAGCAGCGCUGAUCGGUGGACUUUUCAUCGCCUUACGUUCAAACAGGCACUGGCUCACCGAUCCUAAGCUCAAAAGUCAGUAUAUCGAAAAUAUAAAACGGGUUUUAGAUAACACUGCUGCAUUGCUCGGCAGCUUUGAGGUCCAGCCCCCAGAUGUCCCGGAUUGCUCGAACACAAAGCGAAAAAGAAGCGCGUCAUCAGAAAAGCAGCUUAUGGCACUUCUUCAUGAUCGAAGUCUGAUAUCCGGCGUCACGAAGUUUGUCAAGAAAGUCAUCGACGAUGUUGGGAAAGUGUUGAAAUGUGCCAGUGCUGUCGUCAAGAACAUUGUCGAUGCCGUAGAGAAAAUAACACCCGAUUUAAGCGAAAUCGACGACUUGACCGACACCCUCGCGGAGAUUGGCCAAAUUCUAGAAGAAAAAAAGCAUCUACAGCCAUCUUCCAGUCUCACCACAAGCACAUCAUCACCAUCUUAUUCUUCAGAGUCUUCUUCGACAUGUACAACAUCUCAGACUGUUACAAACUGUGACGUUGUUUGUUCCUUGACCACGACUAGUGCAAUCCAUCGUCGAUCCGACACUACAACUGAGUUGUGCAGUACGACAUGUACGCAAUCUGCUGCUAGCUGUCUCUUAACAGCCACAACAGUGACAAGCACAGCAGAAGCCACGAGCACAAGCACUCCAGAUUGGACAUGUUCCCCCGGUAAUCCGAUAUGCGCUCCCGACUCCCUAAGUCUACCGCCUAUCAAGAUAUCUACAUGUAGAGAUUGUGUCAAAGAUGAACUCGGCCACAGCUUCAUCAAGCCAGAAAUAACAUCUAAGAUAUCAUCUACCAAAAAAGGGCGAAGUCUCACACCCGGUCUUUCAAAUCUGGACGAAGAAAGUCCUGUCAACAUAACCAAACGUGCACUGCUGCAUCCUCAACAUUUCAACAACAAUGUCUGGAUGUUUCUACUCUACCAAUUGACAUCUUCUACAUUUGUCCCCCAUGGUAUAGGAGGUGGUGGUUUGUUUGCAGCACCUGCAAUCCUUCAGAGGCCACUAGGGAGGGAAAGAGUCAACUUAGGGGUCACUAAUCUGUAUGGUUGCACUUCCGUACUAGUGACAUCUCACAAAGGAGUGUGGCUGUCGCAUUUCUGGCAAAAUCCCUCAUUUGAGAACGGCGAAUACCAGUUUAUUCAGGAAGAUUUUAAGAGGGAUGUUUUGGACACGCUUGAUCUAGGCUGUCUUUUUGACCAAGCAGAGAACGGUUUCGGUCCGGGGCUAAGGUGCCAGAGUGUGCCUGAUGGGUGGUUUGCGGAGGAAUUCAAACCAGAGGCGGUUAUUAUAACGCCUCGUUUUCGACACGAACGGGUUCCACUAGGCUUGCUACACUUUCCGGAACAGGUUAACCAAAUAUUCUCGAAGUUAAAAGCCAUACUGCCCUAUUUGCCGGAACCGAAAAUCGUAGAUUACUAUUCGCUAAGAGGAGCUGACCCGAUGACGGUCUUGGACAAUGACCCAGAAUUUAACAUUGAUGAACACGGUGUUCCUUAUUCCGAGACGAAUCCGCUUGGUUUUUCAUGGGCACAAGGAAAGUUAAUUUUUCAGUACGAUCCCAAACAAACAAUUCAUGAGUUCCCUGGGCUGUGUGAUCCGAUAUUGUUGGCUUCCUCCGAAGUAUGGGUAGAAGACCGACUGGAGCCGGUCUUGAAAAAAGAUUGGGCCGCAUUACCAGAGAUACAGUACUCGAUCGAAGAAAUCACUCAACCGUCUGCAGGUGUAUUGAGGAGAGCGGACAAAAGCGCGUGCUCCGUCUCGUUUUCUAGCAUCAGCUCAUCUGCAUUAGCAAGUAUUACGACAAAGUCUGACUCCAGUUUCACAAUUUCAACAACAACUACUGAUGCUAGCUCGAACUCAAUAACUACUACCGAGUCUAGCAUGACGACGGCUUCAGCAACAACCGUUCCAAUAAAUAUCACGGAAUCCGAAACGAGCUUGACGACCGCAUCAACGAGUCCAAGCUUUAAUUCUAGCUCUUCAGCUUCAACAACCGAUAUUGACUCAAAUGUGAGCAUCACAACUGCAGAACCUACAACAUCAGCAGUUCGUACAGAAUCUCAACCCAAUUUGACUUCCUCAGCAACGAGUACGAACCUCGAACUUAGCUUGAACCCCACGGCUUCAGCAACAAGUACAGAUAUUGACUCUAUAGUUACAAGUUCUGAUUCAACCUUGACCGCUCCAUCAACGGCCUCAGAAUCUCUCCUGAAUUCGACCCCGAGUUCCAGCUUUGCAGCCUCGGAAACCAGCACUGACUCUUCAUCUUCUAACAUAGAUGUAGAUUCUACUAGUAAAGACUCUGUUUCCAGAUCUACAGCUUCAACUGCUAGCACAGACUCUAGUGCCACAGUUACUGUUUCUUCGAGUAGCACAGGCUCAAGCUCUAGCCUGUCAGCCUCAAAGACUGACACGAAUACUGAAUUCUCAACAACUACCAGCGACUCUUCCCUAAGCACUAGCUCCUCUUCGUCCACUCUCUCCAGUAACAGUUAUUCCGAUACUACGAGCAGCAUUUCCACAGCUACGAGACCCUCAAGAAGUAGGAAACCUUUUCCAACCGUGACGACAGGUCUACUACCCGAAACAACAGCCUCCAUAUUGACCGAUCUGCCAAAACUCAGUAAAAAAUGUCUCACAAGUACUCUAUUGGAUUGCACAUACAUCUUUCGAGAGGUAACUGCACCAGACCCAUGUCCAACAACGACAGAUCUUCUCCCCGCAAGUUGCACAUCAACACCAGCACCCAUAACAACCACAACCGCACUCCCACCACCAGCACCAGAGCCCGCCCCUCCACCACCUCCACCAUUCGCAAAAGGCAUCUGCCGAGUGCACAUCUACUACUGGACAGCCCACGGCAACGCCGGCCCCUUCACCACCAUCCUCUCCAUCUUCGACAACGCGAACACGCAACUAUACACCCACGAAUUCACAGAUCAGGCAUGGGGAUCCAGCAUCAUUCUCGGGUCGACCGACACGAAACUCCCGAAUAACGUCGAUUUGGAAUUCGGCGACUCGGUGCCCAAAAUACGGAAGAUUCGGAGUCCGGCGGAUCGGCCGCUGCCGCCGCAGGUGCUGUAUCCGGGGUAUCCUGUUACGGUGCGUGUUGGGGGGUUGAGUUGGGGGUUUGGGGAUGUUGAUGAGAGGAGACUGCCGCGUUGUGAUGUUGGGGGGUGGGAGACGAGUCGGGGAAUUGAGGAUGUUGCGCCUGCAGGCGGAUUGUUUUUGGGAAUGCUAGAAGAUUAUGUAGAUAUUGUAUUAGGUAAUUGA